AGCAUCUUCUCCAUUGUCGAAGGACAAAAAUGUACAGAAGUGGGGGACAGGGAAGUAGAAGUUGGCAAGAUGUGCAAUGAGAAGGACAAAGACUGCUACACGGUUUUCAUAAGGAAAAUGGAAUUGUACGUAACUUCUCUAUUCAAGUUGUUCAGAAUGCAGCUAUAUUAA